AAACCCCAAAACCCCCAGGAUUGGAAAUUUGGAACAGAGUCCUAAAACCACUGCUACCUCUCUACUCAUGAACCUAAAACCACACCAAAACUCAGAAAUGAACUUCUUCUCUAUACAAUCCCUUUGAUUCCCCAAUCCACACCACAAAAUGGACCUAAUACUCCCCUACAAGCCAAACCCACUUCUCUGUUCUUCAACUCCACUCACCCAUUUAACCCCCAAAACCCUUCUCUUCAAGCUCCCCACAAAGCAAAGACCCAAAAUUUCCCGGAAAAAUUCAAACUUUCGUGUUAAAGCCGCUGCAAACCCAAAUGGGCCUGAUGGGUUUUCUUGGGUGAGUCUGGCUCGGUCUAUACGCCGCGGUUCGGAGCAGUUCUGGUCCAAUUUUGGUGACUCGGUGAAGAAGGAAACUGGGUUUGAUUUGAAUGAGGUGAAUGUGAAGGUGGGGGAGUAUUUGGGGAAAGCUGGGGAAGGGUUAAAGAGAGGUGGGUCUGAGUUGGAACGGUUUAGGACUGAGUUGGUGCCUGAGUUUGUGAGUUGGAAUCAGUGGGAAAGAUGGAAGGAUAUCAAGACAUGGGAACCUAAAAGAGUUGCAGCAUUGGUUUUCUAUGUUUUUAUUGCCGUGGUUUCGUGUCAAAGAAUGUAUGUAGCAAUUCGAGCUCCUAUCCAAGAUCGUCGGAGAAAAGAGUUGACAGAGGCUUAUAUGGAGGCAGUGAUUCCUGAGCCAUCUCCGAGUAAUGUUAGAAAGCUUAAGAAGAGUAUAUGGAGGAAGACGACACCUAAAGGCCUGAAAAUGAAGAAGUUUGUUGAAGGACCUGAUGGAACACUUGUCCAUGAUAGUUCUUAUGUGGGAGAGGAUGCAUGGGAUGAUGAUCCGCAGCUGCCUCAGGACAAUGUGAAACAAUUUAUUGACAGUGAUAUAAAAUUAAAUCCAGAAGAAAAGAAGGAAUUGAAAGAAGACCUGGGAGUUUCUGGUGAAGUUCAAGAGGAUACUGGAACAUGGCGUGAAAGACUUCAGAAAUGGAAGGAGAUCCUCCAAAAAGAAAAGUUAGCGGAGCAGUUGGACUCUGCAAAUUCCAAGUAUGUAGUGGAAUUUGACAUGAAAGAGGUUGAAAACAGUCUUCGCAAGGAUGUAGUGGAGAAGGUAACAGAGACACAAGGAACAAGGGCGUUAUGGAUAGCUAAAAGAUGGUGGCUUUAUCGUCCCAAACUUCCUUAUACCUACUUUCUUCAAAAGCUUGACAGCUCUGAGGUUGCUGCUGUUGUAUUUACAGAAGACCUAAAAAGAAUAUAUGUUACUAUGAAAGAAGGUUUUCCAUUAGAAUAUGUUGUUGAUAUCCCCCUAGACCCGUAUUUGUUUGAGAAUAUCUCAAGUUCUGGAGCUGAAGUUGAUCUUCUUCAGAAACGCCAGAUCCACUACUUUAUGAAGGUUGUGAUUGCAUUGGUGCCUGGGUUACUCAUUCUCUGGCUAAUACGCGAGUCUGUGAUGCUUCUGCAUAUCACUUCUAAGCGUUUUCUCUACAAAAAGUAUAAUCAACUUUUUGAUAUGGCUUAUGCAGAAAAUUUUAUCCUGCCUGUUGGAGAUGUAGGGGAAACAAGAUCCAUGUCCAAGGAAGUUGUGUUAGGAGGUGAUGUUUGGGAUCUUCUUGAUGAGCUGAUGAUUUAUAUGGGAAAUCCAAUGCAAUACUCUGAAAAAGAUGUGAAGUUUGUCAGGGGUGUUCUUCUCUCUGGACCUCCUGGAACUGGCAAAACACUUUUUGCAAGGACACUUGCAAAGGAAAGUGGGUUGCCAUUUGUUUUUGCUUCGGGUGCGGAGUUUACAGAUAGUGAAAAAAGUGGUGCUGCAAAAAUCAAUGAGAUGUUUUCUAUUGCAAGGAGAAAUGCUCCUUGUUUUGUAUUUGUGGAUGAGAUUGAUGCUAUUGCUGGAAGGCAUGCAAGACAGGAUCCUAGAAGAAGAGCAACAUUUGAGGCUUUGAUUGCACAGCUCGAUGGGGAGAAGGAAAAAACUGGCGUUGAUCGCUUCUCUCUCAGACAAGCUGUGAUAUUCAUCUGUGCGACCAACAGGCCAGAUGAAUUAGACCUUGAAUUUGUUCGAUCUGGACGUAUUGACCGUCGACUGUACAUUGGUUUGCCUGAUGCAAAGCAACGAGUGCAAAUUUUUAAAGUGCACAGCGCAGGAAAGCAACUUGCAGAAGAUGUAGAUUUUCGAAAAGUUGUCUUCCGUACGGUUGGUUUUUCUGGGGCAGAUAUUCGGAAUCUUGUAAAUGAAGCAGCAAUUAUGUCAGUGAGGAAAGGACGUUCAGAGAUAUAUCAGGAAGACAUAGUGGAUGUAUUAGAUAAACAAUUGCUUGAGGGCAUGGGUGUACUUCUUACUGAGGAAGAGCAGCGGAAGUGCGAACAAAGUGUGUCUUCUGAAAAGAAGAAACUGCUGGCUGUUCAUGAAGCUGGUCACAUACUAUUAGCUCAUCUGUUUCCUCAAUUUGACUGGCAUGCAUUUUCUCAACUUCUGCCUGGUGGGAAGGAAACUGCAGUAUCUGUAUUCUAUCCCCGAGAAGAUAUGGUAGACCAAGGUUAUACAACCUUUGGCUACAUGAAGAUGCAAAUGGUGGUAGCUCAUGGUGGGCGUUGCGCUGAACGUGUUGUGUAUGGUGAUGACAUAACUGAUGGAGGAAGAGAUGAUCUGGAAAAGCUAACAAAGAUUGCUCGAGAGAUGGUAAUUAGCCCUCAAAACUCAAGAUUGGGGCUUACAGCUCUAACAAAAAGAAUUGGACUAAUGGAUCGACCAGACAGUCCAGAUGGCGAAUUGAUAAGAUACAGGUGGGAGGACCCCAAUGUGAUUCCAGCCAAUAUGACUCUUGAAGUGUCUGAGCUAUUUACCCGAGAGUUGACAAGGUACAUUGAGGAAACAGAAGAACUUGCGAUGAAUGGUUUGAGAAACAACAGGCAUAUUCUGGACAUGAUUACUGAGGAACUAUUAGAGAAGUCAAGGAUUACUGGAUUGGAGGUUAUAGAGAAAAUGAAGGACCUUUCUCCAGUCAUGUUCGAGGAUUUUGUAACGCCAUAUCAGAUAAACUUGGAAGAGGAUGGACCGUUGCCACAUAACGAUCAGUUGCGAUAUCAACCAUUGGACAUAUAUCCUGCACCACUGCACAGAUGUUAAAAUAUUGAUGGGAACCAUCAGCUCAUUACAGGUGAAAUCUCAUCUAGUGUAUGGUUUGAGAGGUGAUUCUAGUCACUUUCUUGUGAUAGUCAAGCAGUCAGUUUGUCCACAACCUUCUUGGAGCAUGUACUUGAAUCUACACCGCCCGUUUGUAAUCAAGCCUACUCCAGCAGAUGGCUUGGUGAAAUAUGCAAAUCAGGAUUCUAU